AUGGCGUCCCGAAACCCUCAGCAUGUGUUUCCUAAGACAUCAUCAGAUGAGCAUUUAGAUGAACAUUUAAACGCGCAUGUUAGGUCCAGUUCUUCGAGCACUACUUCCGCAGAGGUCAUGGGCGAGCAUCUGACGCCGGAUUUUGAUUCGGAUGACCUUGAUGAUGGGGAGGGUGAUUCGGAUUUAGAUUUGCUUAUGGGUAGUAUGGGUAUGGGUAUGGGUAUGAGAGGGGGUGAUAGACAGAGGGGGAGUUAUAAGAUGCAGAGGUGGGAACCGGUGGUUAAAAAGAAGAAGGAGAAGGAGAAGGAGAAGGAGAAGGAGAAGGAGAAGGAGAAGGAGAAAGCUAAAGGGGGAAAGAAAAAUGCUGAAGAUUUAAAUCUCGAUAUGGAUUCCUAUGAGGAGAAUAGUCAGAAUGUUUAUCGUGAUGAGACGGGGGAAACUGGUGCCAGGAGAGGCAGUCUCUCGACAAUUCAAUCAUAUCAAUUAUAUACGCCAGAUGAAGAACGAACUGUGGUGAGAAAAUUCGAUAGGAAAUUGGUCGUUUUUGUUGCAUUGUUGUAUAUGUUGAGUUUUUUGGACAGAUCAAAUAUCGGAAAUGCGAAAAUAGCCGGUCUAGAACGAGAUUUACAUUUGGAUUCGAAUAAAUAUGAAUGGGUUGUCACGGCAUUUUAUAUCGCAUAUAUCUGUUUCGAAUGGAUGAGCAUAUUAUGGAAAAUCAUCCCGGCGCAUAUUUACAUAACGUUUAUCGUCCUAUCUUGGGGUAUCAUCGCAUCUCUACAAUCUAUCGCGACAUCUUUCGCGGGAUUACUUGUUCUACGCACAUUACUCGGAAUAGGAGAAGCUGGAUUCACGGGAAUACCAUUUUAUCUAUCCUUUUUCUUCAAGAGAGAAGAAUUAGCAUUUAGAACGGGGAUUUUUCUAAGUGCGGCUCCUCUCGCUACUUCAUUUGCAAGUUCUUUGGCUUGGGGAAUCGUUAAACUGGGUGAACGUUCCCCUAUUGCACCAUGGCGACUUCUCUUCCUGGUUGAAGGUUUCCCUAGCGUUCUUGUCGCUCUUUUCGCAUGGCAUCAUAUUCCUGAUAGUCCCAACACCGCUCCUUAUCUCACUACUCGCGAGAAGAAAAUCGCACGGCUACGUCUUCGUCAUGAGAUAACUUCAACUCCUAAUUCCAAAACUCAGCCAUCAUCCGGUCUCAAAAUUAAAGAAGUACUUUUGACUCUUCGAGACCCCAAAGUUUAUCUCACAGCCCUCAUGUUUUUCUUCUCCAACAUGUCAUUCAGCAGUAUGCCUAUCUUCCUCCCCACAAUCCUAACACACAUGGGACAUUCCCCCUCAACAUCCCAAGCACUCUCCGCACCCCCCUAUCUCCUCUCCUUCCUCUCCGUCCUCCUAACCUCCUACCUCUCUGACAAACUCCGCACCCGCUCCCCCUUCCUCCUCUUCCACGCUCUCCUCUCCUCUUUCGGGUACACCAUCCUCACCCUCCCACCACACCUCCUCACACCCACCAUCCGCUACCUAGCCAUCUACCCCGCCUGCAUCGGAUUCUUCUCCGUAAUCACCAUCCUCAUUACCUGGACCCUCAACAACCAACCCUCUUCUUCGCGUCAGGGGGCCGGUUUCGCAAUCUUGCAGAUUAUUGGUCAGUGUGGUCCGCUUGUGGGCACGAGACUUUAUCCAGAACAUCAAGCUCCGUUUUAUAGAGAGGGGAUGGGGGUUUGUGCGGGGGUUAUGAUGGUGGUGGCGGUUUUGGGGGUGGGGUUGAGGUGGUGGUUGCUGAGGGAGAAUAGGAGGGGGUGGGAGAGGUAUGAGAGGGUUGGUGGGAGUGGGGAUGCAGAUGCAGAUGCAGAUGGAGAUGAGGAUGGGGAUGGGGAAGAGGGGAGGGGUCUUGUAGGUGAUGGGAAGAGAGGGGUUAGGGGAAGGAAUACCCCGUUUCAGUAUAUGCUUUGA